AUGAAGUUCAUUGCCACUCUUUCUGCCCUUGUUGCUGGUGCCAUUACCUUGGUCAGGGCUCAACAACCCGCUGUCAAUCAACAGGAUGCCGGUGUUUACUUUACCAAUCCUGUUCUUGGCUCAGUCUUCCAGGCCGAUGCUCCUUAUUCUCUCACUUGGACAGCCAUUCCUAAUGCUGUUGACGAUAAGAUCGAUGCCAUUGAACUGAGAAUGGGUUCCGCUUCCAACCUCGAGUUGAUCCAAACUAUCAACACUCAACCCAUUCCUUUGGCUUUGGGCAAGUUUGAUUGGGUUCCUUCAAAGAACUUGACCACUGCUACUAGUUAUGUUCUCCUGGCAAAGAACUCUCAAGGCAUUUCUUAUUCUGCUUAUUUCACCAUCAUUGGUCAAGCUCCUGGUGUUCAAACUAACUCUACUUCAUCUGUUGCCCUUGUCGCUACUGCUGCUCUUAGCACUGCUAUGCCUCAAUCUUCUGUAGCUUCCAACGCUUCCUCUUCCAUCAUGAUGACCGCCUCUGCCUCUGCCCCUGCUUCUGCUUUACCUUCUUCCAUGAUGCCCACUGCUGUCUCUGUGGCAUCAUCCAUGGUUUCUGCUAUGCCCUCUGCUCAUGUCGGGCAUCUUGGUGUCUCUGUGUCUGGCGCUACAAACCUCAAGGCUGGCCUUGUUGGUGCUGCUGGCGCUAUUGGUGCUGCCAUUGUCAUGAUGAUCUAA